AUGGGACGGGAGAGCGCUGGGGCUACCCAGCGUGCCCUGCCGGGAGCCGAGCACCCUGAGGGCGGUGCCAUGGGGCCGGGCGAGGCAGCAGCCCGGGCAGGAUCCUGCGCGGCCACACAACAGAGCAGCUCGGCCCGCGGCCAGGCACCACCCCUGAACUGCAAGGGGGGCCCAUCCCCGGUGAACCCGAGAGCCACGCCGGCGGUCAACACCGCUGACCGCCGGCAUGAAGCGUGGCGACCACAGGGCUUUCGGGGUCAAGCGGAUCUUCGCAGCGCCGCUGCCCCGCGGAGGCUGGGCCGGUCUUCGUGGGGCCACGCCGGGGUGCGGGUCGAGGCGGCUGCCGGGCUGAACCUCCCCACUGCCUGCCCCAAACCGGAGUCCUGUUUCUCGGCAGGAAACGCGCUUUUUCCGAGCUUCGGUCAUUCCGAGGACGUCUCUUCACUGUCCUCUCUUCUUCCUUUUUCCUGUGUAGUGGACGCCUGGACUCUGGCCUUCUCUCCUGACUCCCAGUACUUGGCCACAGGCACACACGUGGGGAAAGUGAACAUUUUUGGUGUGGAAAGUGGGAAAAAGGAGUACUCUCUGGACACACGGGGGAAGUUCAUCCUCAGCAUCGCCUAUAGCCCCGAUGGCAAGUACCUGGCGAGCGGCGCCAUCGACGGCAUCAUCAACAUCUUCGACAUCGCGACCGGGAAGCUGCUGCACACGCUGGAAGGCCACGCUAUGCCCAUUCGGUCCUUGACCUUCUCCCCGGACUCCCAGCUCCUCGUCACCGCCUCUGACGACGGCUACAUCAAGAUCUAUGAUGUGCAGCACGCCAGCCUGGCCGGCACCCUGAGCGGCCACGCGUCCUGGGUGCUGGGUGUGGCCUUCUGCCCAGAUGACACGCACUUCGUCUCCAGGUGGGCGCCGCGGGGCUCGGGGGCGGCUGAGGUUUCUCGGGGGCGACCGCCCGCCCCGGGUGUGCACCGUGUCCGGCUGUCAGCUCGACUGACGGCACCGCGGGCGCUGCGUCCCCAAGCGCCCCCCGGCCUAAACCCGGCGCCUCCCUGGGGCUGCCGAGAGGACCCCACCCCGUGA